CACCAGGCCAAGAGAAUCCCCUCCUUCCAUUACACCCUGCCAUCGCACCCCAGUUUUCAGCUUUGGGAGCUGUUGGAGCCCAGAUCCACUCUGCUCACCUCACCUCGUCCAACCUCUCCUUUCAUGUUCCAUCAAGCAGCCUCUCCAUCCUUCUCGCCAAUGCCGGCUGCCGUCCUCUCCUGCACCCAUCCACUCGACACCCGACCUAUGGAAUUACUGCUAGCAGGUAGUUCGUAAUUGACGACUCCGCAUCGCAUCGCACCCGCUCUCCGACAUCCCGGCAAUUCACUAGUUGCUGUUUCAGGGUUUCCCUUUCUGUAAAUUAUCCCCUUUUCGAUGACCUACCGGCUCACCUACGAUGCCGUCGAUUGCCAAUCUCCCGACCGAACUCAUCUUCUUUGUCGCCAAUAACCUCGACAAACUGAAGGACCUCUCCUCCCUCGCCUGCACCAACCGCAAGUUCCACGAGACGGUUAACCCCAUUCUAUACGAGACUGCUGCCGCCCGCGGCGAUGUCUGGCCCUUGGCAUGGGCCUCGCACUGCGGAGUUGCUGGCACAGUACGAAACGCCCUCGCUGCCGGCUCCAACCCCAACUUCCGCUUCACCGAUUCCCAGCACGUCAAGGUUUGGAAGAAGUCCAUCGCGGCCGCUCGAAGCGCCGUUGACGACGGCCAUAACCCCAACGGUUGGAGUUCCACUGACGACGCCUCCACUUACACCCGAUGGUCGCCGACGACCGACGGCAGCCGCGCCGAAACCACGGUCGACUUCGACAGCCCCAUGUCCAAUGUCGAUAGUUGGGGUACUAUGUCCGAUGGCACAGAGGGACACUCGGAUGAUGAGUGGGGCGAUCUGUCGAGCUCUGAUCCCGACGAUCUGAUGUCCGAUGACAGCGAUGCCGAUUCGUCCACGCUGGGCUACAGUGACGCCGCCGUCUCGGCCUCGGACUUUGUCGUCCGCAGUUUCACACCACUGCAUCUCGCCGCCAGGGGGGGCCAUAAUGAGGCCGUCGAGGUCCUGCUUGACUACGGAGCAUCCCUCGAUUCCUUCUCAGAGAACUUCUGCGAUUGCAAGCGUGCCGCUGGCAUCCUGAAUGCUUUGGAAGGCCCUACUCCGUACGAGGACAGGUGUUCACCGACGUGGUCUCCGCUUCACAUUGCCAUCUGCCACUCCCGCCCGGAAACGGCGAAGCUCCUCCUGUCUCGUGGUGCCAGCUGCACCAUGGAAGCGGGCCCCGGAGGGCUGUCGUCAGCGACGCUGCAGGACGCUGCCAGCACAGCCCUUCAUCAUGCUGCCGGGAUGGGACUAGUAGAGAUAGUCAGGUAUCUGCUAGUAGAGGGCUAUCAGAGCGAGGUUGACGUCCGUGACGUCAGAACGUUGACUCCCUUCUACUAUGCCUAUGCAAAGGGCAGGUGGGAUUCCACCAUUCCUCUCCUCCUCGACAUGGGUGCCAAUAUCAACCUGGACAUCGACUUCUUCCAGCCCUACUGCACAAUCACCCCGCUAGGAGAGUCGUGCAGACUCGGUCGUUUCGACAUCGCUGAGAGACUGAUCGGACUUGGCGCCAACCCCACCCACGGCUUCUUUGCUACCGGGUCAGGUCACCGCAAAGGACUCUCCCCCUUACAUCUCUGCUGCAUGUCGUCCGCCCGCCCCUUCCUCCCAGAAGGCAGCGAAGCGAAUAUACUGGAUGACGAGGACAAGGCAAUGGAGCGAAUGAGGUUGAUGGACAUAUUGAUAGCCCAGGGCACAUCAUUCCGCGAGAGGGACUGUUCCGGAGACACGCCUCUGAUUACAGCAGCGCAGAACAGGGUGUUGCCUGCAGUUAGGGCCUUGAUAAAGGCCGGAGCCGAUGUCCAUGCGACGAAUGCCGUCGGCAGGAACCCCGUCAUGAUGGCCCUAUUGGGUCCCCCGACUCUCCUGCCCAACGCUCCCCAGCGUGAGUAUGACGCCACCCUCGCCCAAAUCAUCAACGAACUCUUCCGUUCCGGCGCUCGCAUCGGAGACGUUGACCCCCAUGGGGACACCGCGCUUCACCUCAUCUUCCACGGGAACCGCGACAAGAACUUCCAAAUACAAGCCCUACGCCUUCUCCUGAACCAACCAUCCGCCAACCAACUCGUGUUGGCACAGAACAACGACGGCCAGUCGCCCUUCCAUCUCGCAUUCCAGGCCCGCAACAUUGAAGCAUGCGAAAUCUUUGUUCGCCGAGGAUAUAUACGUGGCGUGAUAGAACGCGAUGAGCUCCUGGCAAUGCUCAAACACGUGCUCAUGGACCGAACAGGCGCCGCGGACCCAGCAUUGAACUUCGUCCUCGACCUGGAUGUCAACCGAGAGCUCACCUCGGAUCCUUCCGUGUUCAACGACCUCCUUCAGGAAGGAGGACGCGCCGCCCUCCAGGCUGCUCGGCUCAUCUCGUCUCGGGGACUCCCGGCCAUGAGUCGUGAGAUGUGUAGCGAUCACCUGCGCCAGGCCGUCUUUCUAGGGGAGUGGGACAUGGCGUAUUACCUGAUCGAAGGCGGAGCCGAUGUAAAUGCCACCAGCAUGAGUGGUGAAUGUCCCCUGAGCAUAUUCAUCGAGAGAUACGGACACUCGUGCCUCCACAGCGCCGACCUUCGACAAUUUGUCCGUAUCCUCCUAGACCGUGGCGCCAAUAUCCAUCUCUCCCACCCAACCCGUUCCUACGCGAGGCCGCUCGUCAAGGCGAUCCAGCUGGGAUCGGCCAAGCUAGUAUCCAUCCUGCUAGAAAGGCAACCUCUGCGCGGCGACGCCCGGGCAGAAAACGGAUGCUACCUCCACCACACCAUCCGGGAUCGUUCGGUCAUGCCAUUUCUGAUCGAGAAGAUGCUCGACACACUGAUUGAGUCAGGAGCCAGCCUGACCGAACUCGACGACAACGGUGAUACGCCCCUCGCCGUGCUGCUGCAGAUGACGUCUCUGAACAUCUACCUGGCCCGGAACUGUUCCCGCUUCGUCAAGAUCCUGUAUGGCCCUGGGGUGGAUAUCAACAAGAAGAAUAAGCUGGGCCAGUCGAUCGCCGACCUGCUCGUGGAUAUGCUGCCCCCAAAGGGCAAGUGUAGCAGCGAGGCAAACGCGCUCGCAAACACGGUGCAGCUCAUCGACGCGUCCUGCGGCUGUAAGGAAUUGAGGUUCCUACCCCAACCGCGCAAGAAGGUCAGGCCUGGCGACGUCUGGCGGCCGUGAGAUCGACGAGGAGGGCGGGGGGGGAGGUUAUUUAUGUGUAUGUGUGUGUGAAUAGGGUCAAAUGUCAGUGGCGAACGCAAAGUUCAGCCCGUCAUCUGCUGGCGCCGGUCGGCGUCGAUAUUUCGUUUGUCUUGGGAGCGGAUCCUUUUCACUGAUUAUUUUUAGGUGCUUGGGAGGUCCGUAUACCACCUCUACAUACAUAGGCGAGUAAUAAUUUAUCUAUACUUAACAUAUUCGCCAAACCAGUAUCCUCCGAGAUAUCUCACACCUGCCGGAUUGACUAGACUUCACACGGGCCAGGUGAGACUUCAGAGAGGAUUAU